GAGAGAGAGAGAGAAAGAUCAAGAGGAGCCAGACAUGGCUAAUGGGUAUGGGUGGACCAUGUGGAAGUCGCGGAUGGGCUCGGCCUUCCGGACCGGCUGGGCUUGCGUCAUGGUAGGCUUCGCCAUCGAGUACUACAAAGCGCGGCUCCACAGGCCCAUGGACUUCCAGCCCUUUGCCUACUUGACGGCCACCCUCAUCGUCGGCGAGGCUUGCCUGGAGGAGGCCGUGCAGGGCGCGGUGCUGGCCCUGUAUGGCACCCUCCAGGGCGCCUGCCCGGCCUUGCUGAGCCUGUGGCUCUUGGGGCCGUCCAGCCUUUCCGCCUCUACCGUCACGUUAGUGGUCGCGAUUAGUGGCUUUCUCGUCUGGCUCCCAAAGUCUACGCAUAUUUUGACUAAGAGGGUGGCACUUGGGCAGAUUGUCAUCGUGUACGUUGCUGCUUUUACGCACAGGGAGGAGCACAUAAACGCUAGUUUGUUUCCUCUACAUGCAGCACUGAGCACGGGUGUGGGCACUGCUGCAUCCGUUUUGGCAUUGCUCUUGCCUGUGCCAAGGCUAGCCUGCCUCAAGAUUCAGGAAAAGAUUCGGCUGAUAGGAGAAAUCUCGUGCAACAUGCUCAAACUGCUGGCAAGUGCGUACUCUGCUGAAAGUGUCUCUACAGCACAUGCCCCACUCUCCCAACUUAAAGUACUUGCAGAUGCUAGAGCUCAUAUUCUCGGCACUUUGAGACAGAAACAGGCAAAUAUUGGAUGGGAGAAGCCUCUUGUCAAUUGCUUGGUACCCAAUUAUGGAGCCCUUUUGAAGAGCUUUUUCUCACUUGAGAGACCCAUUAAAGGAAUGGAGAUUGCAUUGGAAUCUUGCCCUUCAUUCCUCAUAGCAGGACCAAUGGGAGAAAAAGGCCUAAAAGAUCUGUUAACUGUCAUGGCAGAAAGAAUUGGGCAAUCAGUAGCAGCAAUUAUGGCCUCAGCAUCUAAAGAUUCAAGCCAAGUGUAUGACAAUGGCACUGAGCCUGUGGAGAUAAGCUUUGAAGCACUAGAAGACGUGGCUCCAACUUCUUCAAGGGAUUUUCCCCCUUUCUUCUAUCUCUUCUGCAUGAAAAACCUCUAUGAGGCCAUGGUGUUAACUCAGAAGCAAAAGGAAAAGACUUCGAAGGAGUCCAAAAACGGGACUCACAUGCCAAAAGACAAAGGCGGUUGGUCUCUAAAGAUUGAUGCAGAAAGCCUUUUAAUGGCUGUGAAGUGCUCAAUGUCUCUAGGACUCUCUCUACUUUUUGGAAUUCUCUUCACUAAGGACAAUGGGUAUUGGGGAGGGCUAGUUGUUGCAGUCUCCCUUGCAUCACAAAGAGAACCGACAUUCAAGAUGGCCAAUAUCAGGGCACAGGGCACAGUUUUGGGCUCUGUUUAUGGGGUUCUCGGUUGCUUUCUUGCUCAGAGAUUCCAGUUCUUGAGGUAUAUAGCAUUGAUACCAUGGGUGGUGUUCACCAGUUUCAUAAGGCAGAGUGAGAUGUAUGGCUAUGCAGGAGGCUUGACUGCAUUUAUUGGAGCAGUCAUAAUUCUGGGCAGAAGAGACUAUGGUUCACCUUCUCAAUUCGCCAUUGAGAGAAUUACAGAGACAUUUGUCGGUAUCCUUUGCUGCAUCCUUGUCGAGCUCAUAUUCCUUCCCAAGAGGGCUUCAACUCUAGCAAGAGAGAAACUUUUGGUGACAUUAAAAGAGACUGGUGAUUGUAUGACUCCCCUUGGUUGCACCAACAAACCAUGCUUGAGUCUUUCAGAGAUGAAAGAAACAUGGACUAGACUGAGAACCCAUUUGACUGAACUCAAGAACUUGAUUGAGGAAGGCAAAGCUGAGCCAGGCUUUUGGUUUCUACCAUUCCCUCAUGCUAGCUAUACCCGUGCUUUCAACUCAUUGUCCAUCGUGGUUGAGUUGUCAGAGACUCUAUUUGAGACCAUUCACUCUCUUCCUCAAGUAUCCUGCAAACAUAUGCUGUCCCACAGUGAAACCUACAAGGCCAUUAGUGAAGACCUUGAAGAAUUCAGAAACUGCAUUGGUUCACAUUUUGUUUGCUUCCAAGAGGUCCUUCAAGUCAAGUCAUUGAAAGGGCUGACUGAAGAGUACCAUAAGAAGAAAAAGGAAGAAGUUGACCUUGAGUCAGGUGGGAUGCUGGUGGUAGGUGGGGAGAGGAUGGACAAGAUUGUUGAAUCAUUUGUUGGGCAUGUAGGAGAAGCACUUGCUCGUGCUGAUGAGAGCAUGAAGGAGAUGAGGGUCCAAAUGGUUUUGGGCCUUGGAGCGAUGGGGUUUUGCAUGGCAAGCAUUAUGAAGGAAUCCAAGAAAAUUGAGUGUGCAAUACAGGAAAUCCUUCAAAGGGAGAACCCUAUGGCUCACGUGAAUUUGUGGGAGAUCCAUCACAUGGUGAUGGAAGUAAGACCAUCCUAAAGAGUUUGCUGGUCCAUUCUAACCCCUUCAAUUAAUUUCUUCACUCUCCUGAAGAGAAAUGACAGAUUUGGUUACCUGUGACUUAACGUAAGCUCAAGUUACUGUAUAUUCU